UCCUGCAUGUGACAGUAAGAUGGCUGCCCCCUUAGCUAUUCAUCUGGAGUUUGGUGGAGGGGCGGAGCUUCUUUUUGAUGGCGUGAAGAAACAUCAUGUCACGCUUCCUAACCACACGGAACCUUGGGACAUGAAGCAGCUGCUGGUGUGGAUCCGACACAACCUGCUCAAGGAGCGGCCCGAGCUCUUUGUCCAGGGCGAUUCCGUGAGACCUGGGAUCCUGGUGCUAAUCAACGAUGCGGACUGGGAGCUAAUGGGCGAGUUGGAGUACCGCCUGCAGGAGCAAGACAACGUCAUGUUUAUUUCCACUCUGCACGGAGGAUAGAACGCACACAUGCACUAUUACGCCACGCUUGACUCAUUCACAUCCCAACAAAACUGAAGCCCAUUGGACGAUGCGUCAUCCUCCAGCCAGACCACCGAGGUGAUGGAUGGUCCUCAGGAGCCGGAGUGGACCUCAGAGACGGAUACUAUGCUUGCCCAGAGGAAUUUUGUUCCAACCUCGCCAUUUGUUUUUUGGUUUUUUUUUUUUGUUUGUUAUGAAAUUCCAACUAAACAGGUAUUAUGGCAGAAGGCUCUUGCAGGUGUUAAUGGGGAACACAAAUAUCAAAAAGUGUCCUGAACCUAACACUGCAACAUCUUUUACUUCCUUUAUUAUGUUUUUUUUUUUUUUUUUUGCCUUUUAGAAAGAUCUUAGACUAGUCAAGGAUUUUUUUUCUUUAAUUCAGAUUAAAACCUGUACAACAAGAACAAUGUUGAAGCGUGUGCCAUUUAACAAAUAUAUGUAUUAACAUUAUAUUGCUUUUUUUUUUUUCAAUGUCUUAAAUAUUUUUUUAGCCGCACAAUCAAAAUUGUUGUUUUUUUGUAAAAUAAAACCCUUCUGGCAGGGUAGUGAUGAUUACAAGGGUGCCAUUUAUCACGUAAAUUCACUCUCAUCCAAAAGCUUCAAGUUUUGAUCAUUUUUUGUUUUUCAAUUAUUGUGUAUAUUAUUACAGCGGUAUUUGUAAUUCAGGUCCUCAAGGGUGCAAUUUUUCAACACAAGCACAUCUCCAAAAACGUCCACACCAAAAAUGUUUUAACCCCAAUAUUUUAUUUUCAAAUAUACAAUAAAGAAAUGUAGUUUUCCUUUUAGUAGAAUACAAUUAAAUGAACACAAUAGCAUUUGCAUCGUAGUAAUUGAGAUGCAGUAAUUUUACAGUCUCCAAAACAUAACAAAUCUUGUUUUGUUUUUCUUCCCUGUGUAAAUGCAACCGAACCUGCUAUUGGGGGAAUUUAAUUUGUUAUACAAUGUGCAGUCAAUGACAGUUUACCCAAACGUGCCUCAUGUACAACAUCCAUUUGAUAAUAUUAAACCCUCCUCUCAAUGGGUGGUACUUUUUUUUUUUUUUCCUCAAAGGUUUUGCUGUAUUUUCUUUCAUGAGGAUUACAACAUUUAAAAAAUGACAUCACAUGUGUUUCCAUCUGAAACAACCUAGUCAUAACAAUGAGUUUUUAAAAAUUUGCCCAUCCUAAUGGCAUGACAUGAUGAAAUGAGUUAUUUUAAAAACGCCAUGUUCAUUCCAAAUACGUCUCUAUAAAAACAUCAAUAACAGCAGUAUUGUUUUAUUCGUAUAUUUCCCUGCGUAAAUAAGCUCGUUUUUAAAAGAAUAACCUUAAUAUUUAAAGGAACCGUUUUGAUAACAAUACAAUAGUGCAAUUGUAUUUAAGAAGAAGAAUACAUGAAAAUAAAACACACAACAAGAGUGUGACCAUGCAGGAUCACGAACAAUUUGUUUUCUUGCGAGGCCUUUCAUUGACAUUUUAUAAUAAACUGUUUUCAUCUAUUAUAUUAACGCAUUUCUCCCGGUUCAUUUUACAUACUGAUACUUUUUAUGUAUCUAUUUUUAUGAUCGCUGGAGGGACAUUUAAGGCCUGCUGCGCAACCGUGUGUGCGUGUAUGCGCGCGUCUGCGCGCGCGCGCGCCAGUGUAACUGCGGGAGGUCGAGGUGUCGCCUCGGGCUUGCCCUCUUCUACGAGCGCCCCUGGCGUCCAAAAAGCCCCCCCGUCCCUUUCCCCCCCUCCCAUUUUGCCAUAGAGUUCCAUUUUGCAACGGUUAAGCAUCCGAGAAUAAGCUGGAAAGGGAAUGCUAAUGAGGGCCUCAAUGGAAACUGAAACUCCUCCAAUUAGAGCAUUACGAAGAUUUGUUUCAUUUUAAAGGGGGCGAUUUCCUUUUGUACCUAGUUUAUUAAACAUUUUGUAAUUCAACACGUCUUUCAUUUUAUAGAGCAUGCACGCACUCAACAUAAUUGAUUGACAUGCAGCCAUCAAAAGUUUCUGCUGUCACUUUUAAAUCCAAGCAGAAAACGUUUAUGAUAACACAGAACUGCAUACUAGGGAAUGAUUAAUACGCCACAACCAUAUUUUCUUUUAACUUUAGUUUUAAUUAAGGUGUUGGUGGAGGGGGUCAAUCUACAGGCCCAUACAUAAUUGCUUUUGUGUGUGUAUAAAGCACCGCAUUUUCCACAUCUGUACACAAUCCAUAUGUUAUUAGACAGCAUUUGUGAAACAUUUGACAAUAAAAUAGUUCAAAAUGUAAUUAAUGUUGGAUUUAAAUCUCAAAAUAACUCGCAGUAUGCUGUGUGUGUAUUCUGAAUAUUGUAACACGGAGGUUUUGUUUAACUGAUUGCUAUUAUUUAAAGUGGCAAAAAUGUAUUCGUCACAAGGAAAGAGUCAUUUUAAGUUUUAAAACCAGUAGGAAUUUAAAAUUUUAAAAAAGCAUGUGUGCCACAGGCCUGUUGUGUAUGACGUAUAGUUUAAACAUUUAAACGGAAUCAUCGUCAAAGCACGAAUAAUAACAACGAAUAGCCAUUCUUGAAGAUAAUAUUUUCAGAUAUGGAAUUCUUUUUGUUGAGUGUUUUAUAUCGCCCCGUAGAAGUGCUUUUGUUAUUUUGUUUUUGUGUAAGCUGGUGGUAUAGCUUGUGGGGGGUGAUUAUCUGCUGAAUGUGCGUCACUGUUGCACGCAUGCAGUGCGGCCUGUCAGCAGCACUCAACUUACUGCUUUUCUACUAUUUGCCAAAGCAAAGUCGAUACAUCGACGCUGCCCCGCUCGAUAUUUGCCAUUUAAAGCAAACAGCCUUGAUUAGAUGUUCGACAAAGUGUAAAUACCAAUCGGGGGGCGACCCCUGAACGCAUCACGAGACGUUCACUCACCACUCGUCCCAACUAACCAUUUCCCUUAUACCUUACCUGCAGUGACACUCAAGAAAAAGCCAGGCCUCGACGUGACGUGUCGUGACGUGAUGAAUGUGAGUCUGCAGCAACAGAUGUCCAUACACAAUUCUUGGUGGUCGUAUUGGAGUGGACGCAAGAAUUGCGUUUGGACAAUCAGCCGCUAAAAGACCUUUGAUUUGUCCUCACGGGAAGGUAACAGAAAUGCAACGUCAAAUACAUGCUUCAAAUAUCAUUUCAAUGCUAUAUAUUAUUUUUUUU